AUUGAUUUCUCAUUGGCCGUAUGAUAUUUCCUACAGUUGGACAGAUCAACAACACACAGGGUUGUUAUGGACUGUCGGGAUGGAUGCAGCUACUCUCACAUACGACACACUUGGCUUUGGAGAGUUUGAAGAUUUUCCAGAGACCUCAGAGCCUGUGUGGAUCUUGGGGAAAGAAUUCAACGCACUCACAGAAAAGGAUGACAUUCUUUCAGAUGUCACUUCACGAUUAUGGUUCACCUACAGAAAAAACUUCCCACCCAUUGGAGGUACAGGGCCUACGUCCGACACAGGCUGGGGCUGCAUGCUGCGAUGUGGACAGAUGAUCCUAGGCGAGGCCCUGGUCUGCAGGCAUCUAGGCCGAGACUGGAGAUGGGUGAGAGGUCAGCCUCCGAGAGGAGAGUACAUCGGUAUCCUCAACGCCUUCCUUGACAAGAAAGACAGCUACUAUUCUUUACAUCAAAUCGCCCAGAUGGGAGUCGGGGAGGGGAAGUCUAUAGGCCAGUGGUACGGACCGAACACAGUGGCACAGGUACUGAAGAAACUAACUGUGUUUGACUCGUGGAGUCGUCUGGCUGUACAUGUUGCUAUGGACAACACCGUGGUGAUGAAGGAGAUCAAGCAGUUGUGUAUGCCCUGGCUGGACUAUGGUGGAGCAGCGUGUGCAGAGCCCCCGGGGUGGAUGCCGACGCAUAACGGCUGCCUGGAGGGGGCCUGUGCCCUGGCUGAGGAGGAGACGGCUCUCUGGAAGCCCCUGGUCCUUCUCAUCCCUCUCAGGCUGGGCCUGAGCGACAUCAACAAGGCCUACAUCGAGACCCUGAAGCAAUGCUUCCAGCUGCCCCAGUCCCUGGGUGUCAUCGGAGGAAAACCCAACAGUGCCCAUUACUUCAUAGGCUAUGUUGGAGAGGAGUUGAUCUACCUGGACCCCCACACCACCCAGUCUGCAGUAGAGCCCUGUGAGGACAGCCAGGUCCCUGACGACACCUACCACUGUCAGCACCCGCCGUGCCGCAUGCACAUCUGUGAAAUAGACCCCUCCGUCGCAGUGGGUUUCUUCUGUAGAACGGAGGAUGACUUCGAUGACUGGUGUAUGCGUAUCCGAAAGUUGUCCCACACUAGAGGAAGCCUGCCCAUGUUUGAGCUGGUAGACUGUCAACCAUCUCACUUCGCCUGCUCUGUAGACGUGCUCAACCUCACUCCGGAUGAGGCUGGGAUUCAGUCAGAGGUGCGUUGUGGACAAGCGCGUUGCACUACCGACAAAGCGCCUUUUAAAGGCAAUUUCCCUGACGUUCGCGGAGAUCGUGUUCACGAUUUCUCAGACCGGUUGGAGCGGUUCUUUGAUUCUGAGGAUGAAGAGUUUGAGAUCCUGUCCCUGUGACGAACAGGAGGAAUACAGUUACUAUCUGUCCUGGCAGGAAACCCCCCCGACGAUUCUUCUCUGUAUCAGAAGGGAAGCCAUAGGGGACAGGAGAUGACUGGUGACAUCACUAGCCAGUCUGGCACCGAUGGUGUAGUGAUUGUGUCAAACAGUUGUCUUCUGGUCAGUCACUUGGUGCUCUCCGUGUCCAAUGAGGAGACUCCUUGCUGCGAGGUGGUACCAGGUAGUGCUCGCCGUGUCCAAUGAGGAGACUCCUUGCUGCGAGGUGGUACCGGGUAGUGCUCGCCGUGUCCAAUGAGGAGACUCCUUGCUGCGAGGUGUUACCGGGUAGCAGGAGCUCUCAGGAAACAUUCAGUGCUACGUGCAUCUUCACAUUGUUUCUCCAUUUUUUUAAAGUCUUAAUUCAGUUUCAGUGCAUCUUCACAUUGGUUCUCCAUUUUUAAGUCUUAACACAUGAAAUAUUUCCUUUAAGUCAGGGGUGUCAAACUCAUUCCAUGGAGGGCUGAGUGUCUGCAGGUUUUUUGGGAGGUUUUUUUCCCAUUAAAUGAAGACCUAGACAAAUAGGUGAUGGGAGUUCCAAACUAAUUAGUGACCUGAAUUCAUUAAUCAAUUACAAGGGUGAAGAAAAAAAAAAAAAACAGACAGACCGUCUGUGAAAUGAGUUUGACACGUGUGCUUUAAGUGAUAUGGUGCCUUUCUCCCCUAAACUGAAUUACCAUAACACACAACAGGGUCUUUAGUAACUUGGUUUACUCUGUACACUUGGCUUAUGUCACUACCUGUAUUGACUGAUGUAAAUUGUAAACCAAAAUGUGGUUGAGUGAAAUUUGCAGACAAAGUAGAUUUCUUGUAUUAUAAUUUCAUUAUUGAGAGUACCAUUAUGUCUAAAAUCUCUGUACUGAACACUGGCUCAUUUUUAAAGGUGAUUUAUUUCCUCUAACGACACAUAAAGAAUGGACAUGUUAAUGAAAAUACAAUUUAAAAAGUUAAA